UCUGCAUCAUAAGUAUCCAGCAAUGCUAUAACUUUCAUUCAUUCUAAUAUCAUCACUUUCUGCAUCUUUUUUCAGCACUUAACAUAGCCUGCAAAACAGAAGAAGAAUAUUAGAUUUUGAGUAAUCUGAGCUUCAAUGGGAGAAGAGAAAGUUGUGGUAGAGACUGUAUUAGCAGGGAACUAUGUGGAAAUGGAAACUGAUAGUGGGAAGCCUAAGGAUUUAAAAGCUAGCAUUUCUCAGCUCUUCUGGCAUGGUGGCUCUGCUUAUGAUGCUUGGUUCAGCUGCUCUUCAAAUCAGGUGGCUCAAGUGUUACUAACACUUCCAUACUCAUUCUCACAACUGGGAAUGCUAUCUGGAGUGCUGUUUCAGAUCUUCUAUGGACUCAUGGGAAGUUGGACAGCCUAUCUCAUCAGCAUUCUCUAUGUAGAGUACAGAACCAGAAAAGAAAGAGAGAAAGUUGAUUUUAGAAACCAUGUCAUCCAGUGGUUUGAAGUUCUUGAUGGUCUCCUUGGGAAACACUGGAGGAAUGUGGGCUUGGCAUUCAACUGCACAUUUCUUCUGUUUGGAUCUGUCAUUCAGCUCAUAGCUUGUGCAAGCAACAUAUACUACAUAAAUGAUAAUCUGGACAAGAGAACUUGGACUUACAUAUUUGGAGCUUGCUGUGCUACCACAGUUUUCAUACCCUCAUUCCACAACUACAGAAUCUGGUCAUUCUUAGGCCUCAUCAUGACCACUUACACUGCUUGGUACCUCACCAUUGCCUCACUCCUCCAUGACCAGGUGGAAGGGGUGAAGCAUACAGGACCAGCCAAAUUAGUACUAUACUUCACAGGGGCAACAAACAUUCUCUAUACAUUCGGGGGACAUGCUGUUACUGUGGAGAUAAUGCAUGCAAUGUGGAAGCCACAAAAAUUCAAGUCAAUUUACUUAUUGGCAACCCUCUAUGUGAUGACACUAACUCUUCCAUCUGCAAUUGCUGUGUACUGGAGAUUUGGUGAUCUGCUUCUUAACCAUUCCAAUGCUUUUGCUCUCCUCCCUAGCUCUCGAUUCAAGGACAUGGCUGUCAUUUUGAUGCUCAUUCACCAGAUUAUAACAUUCGGGUUUGCAUGCACACCAUUAUAUUUUGUAUGGGAGAAAGCCAUCGGGAUGCACGAUUGCAAGAGCAUGUUCAAGCGCGCUGCAGCCCGGCUGCCUGUGGUCAUCCCCAUCUGGUUUUUGGCCAUCAUCUUCCCUUUCUUUGGACCAAUCAAUUCCACUGUGGGAUCACUACUUGUUAGCUUCACUGUCUAUAUCAUCCCUGCUCUGGCCUACAUCUUCACCUUCAAAUCAGCCGCGGCUAGAGAGAAUGCUGUGGAGCAACCUCCAAAGAUUUUGGGAAGAUGGGCAGGGGCCUAUACCAUUAACAUCUUCGUAGUUGUGUGGGUUUUUCUGGUCGGAUUCGGGUUCGGUGGAUGGGCUAGUGUCACAAAUUUUGUUCAUCAAAUUGAUACAUUUGGACUCUUCACCAAGUGCUAUCAAUGCCCACCUCAGCCAUCACAAUUCCCUCCACCACCUCACCUCAACGCCACCGCCGCACAUCCAUCACCAGCUUUCCAUGGCCACCAUUGAACGAGAGCACAUCCGACAGUAUGAUCAAAAGUUGAUAAAUUUCGUCAUAAUUGUUGACCGAAAGCUAGAGUGAAGAAACCACAUUCGAGUUACAACAAGACAACAUUGCCCCUGCUUUGUACUGUUUUUCUUAAUUAAUUAGCUUAGAAGAUCCUUGUUUUUGAGUCGUAUUGUAGUUCUAAAGUAUGUGAGAAUCUGUACUUUUAACUAUGAAGUGUUCACGUAUUCUCUUCGGUCUCAA